AUGGAAACGAUUCUCAGAAAACUUAGACGAUCUAAUAAAAAAGACGAACCUGUCGAAGAAAUAGACGGAAUUGAUGAAGACAUCUGGGCCCAAGCUAAAACCCUAGAUUUCGAUGACGAUCCGUAUAAUUACAAAUCUAAUACAAAAUAUAAAAAAGAUAAUAAUAAAUUCGAAAAACGUGAAAAUAUAUCAGAAGACAUAUAUUUAGAAAAUGAUGAAUUAGAGAGUGACGAAUUAGAAAAUUCAAAUAAUAAAAUAAACGAAAAAUAUUAUAUAAAUUCCAUUUCAUUAUUGAAUGAUUAUUUACAUAAUGUUAGUAAAGAUGAAGCUAAGGAUCAUUAUAUAAAAAAGGGGAAAAAAUACUAUAAUAAAUAUCAGAAUGAUAAUAUAAAAAGGACAGAAUAUGAUCAAAAAGCUUUCAAUAAAUAUGCAUGUGAAACGAAAGAAUAUUUUGAACCAGACAAUGAAAUGAAUGUGCUUAAAGAAACAGCCAUUGAAAGGAUAAAAAUUAAAAAAUUAGAUAAAAAACAUCAGCACGUUGAAGAAACUCUAGAAGACGAAAUAUUAGAAGAUGAUGCUUUAGAAGAGGAUGUUUUAGAAGAGGAUGUUUUAGAAGAGGAUGAUGAUAUUAAUGAGGGUGAAGACUACGAAGUUGAAGACUAUGAAAUCGAAGAUGAAGAAGAAGAAGUAGACAAUAUUGAAUAUAAAUAUAUAGGAGAUACAAUAGAAUUAUAUGAUAAAGAAAACAAUGAGAAAUAUGAGGAAAAUCAAGCAGAUAAUAACAAUAAUGAAAAUAUAUUAGAAGAUAAAGAGGAAACAGUAAUUGAGGUAGAAGAAGAUGAAACAUAUGUUGAAGAAAAAUUAGAAAUAUAUACUAAUGAACAAAUAGAUAAUGAAGUAGAAAUUUCGCAAAUCAAAGGAAAAGGUAGAUGCAUGUUUACAAGAAAAGAAUUAAAUCCUGGUAAUAUAAUAUUUAUUGAAAAACCUUUAUUAAUUAUAAUUCCAAGUUUAAAUGAAACAUUAUGGGAAAUUUUAAAUAAUUUAAAUAAUGAACAACCUUUUGAGUUGCCACUUAGAUGGCAUUAUGCUGCAUUGUGCACAAUGACAAUGCUUAAUGAUGAUGAUUUUAAUGCAUGUAUUGAUAAAUGGAUACCAGAACCUGAUAAAGAUCCUGAUGAAGAUGUUUACAAUGUUUUAGAUAAAGUGUGUGAAAUUAAAACUACGAAAAGUGGGGGGAAAUAUUAUUAUUAUAAAAAUAAAUUAAUAGACCCCAAUGUUUACGACCGAAUAAUACAAGUAUGGCAUUAUAAUGCCUUUGGCCAUCACACCGAUUCUGAGGGUCUCGUUCUCUAUAACCGUAUUUCCAUGCUUGCCCAUAGUUGUAAUUCAACUGCUUGCUGGCAUUAUGGAGAAAAUGAUAGUUUUGUUUUACGAGCAAGAGUAAAAUUAAAUGUCGGGGAUGAACUUACAAUAUCAUAUCUCGGGGAUGACGAUUUAUAUAAAUCAUCUAACAUCAGGAGAGAAAAACUCACCAACUGGUUAUUUGUUUGCAUGUGCAAUCGAUGCUCCAACCCUGUGGAUUACUCAAGAGGAUUUAAAUGCGCAACUUGUGGAAUAGGAACAUUUUUUAUAAAAAGUGAAUAUGAUUGUGAAACGCCAAUAAUAACAAAAUGUAACAUUUGUCUAUCAGAAGUAUCUGAAAGUACAGCUUUAGAAUACAUUGAAUAUGAAAAUAGUUAUAUCGAACGACUUGAAGAAACAAAUAAAAAUGAUUUAGCGGAUGCACUAUCUGUAUAUAUACAAGCUGACAAAAUAUUUACUCAACAUUGGGUAAUGUAUCAAUUAUAUACAAUACUAUUCGAAGGAUAUCGAGAUGCUUGUGAAUGGGGGAAAGCUAUAUAUUAUCAAAUGCAGAGAAUUCGAUAUGCCAUGGAAGUAAUACCUAGAGCUAAUUAUGUACUAGCUUGGCUAUACGAAGAAUUAGGCGAAAUUCAUGCUAAUUCAAUCAAUACUGACAUAUUAACAACAGAGGAUGAUUAUAAAAUUACCUAUGAAGAAAAAAAAAGGAUUUGCUCAUUUUUUUUAAGAUCGAUACACUUAUUAGAAAUAUUAUGUGGGUAUUCCCACGAUUACCUAAAGGAUUCAUUGAACAAAUACUACAGAAUUGAUGGACUAACUGCUACGGACGCAUUGCAAACAGAUGAAUAA